GGGGUUAGCAACAAUAUUUCGAGGUUAUAUUUGCAUGAUCGCUAAAAAUUCUGUGAGGCUGGCUUCUAUUGUCAUGGGUAAGCCAGGCAUAAUUUCUGAAGAUGCACGUCUCACCACACUGAUGACUCCAAGAAAGGGAGAAAAGAUGACUCUUGGGGUGUACGUGCGCAACUUUGUCAGUACAGCCGAGGAUGCGUACAAUGAUAAGGUCACUGAGGAAACUAUUGUUACCUUUCUUGGUGCUCUUCAAGGUGUGGCAGCAAUGAGCUACUUCAUGGCUCAAGACACCCUUGCAAAAAUUGGUGAUGAUGAAGCUAGUUCACUGUACUGCGGUAAAGAUUCUGUUUUCAAUAGACCUUGGUUGGAGUACACGAGGAAAACAGACAAUCUGAGACGUGAAUUCAAGGCGGCUCCGCCACAACACCCGGACGGGAUUGUGAUGAAUACGGUGACUGAAGCAAUGAAACUCACGGAGUCCUUUGUUAGAUUGAUGACUGUUCGUCGCAGAACUGCACUACUAGGCCUUAUCCCAACUGUCACCACAGGCUCGGCGGUAGCAGUUUGAUGGCAAACCAUAUCUAUGCUUCAGAAAGAGAGUCACAAGUUCCUUGGAAGAUUAAUUGCAAGUCUGAAUCGGAUCAAGUUUACCCAUAUGCAAUACAUGCAACUUUGUAUUAUAUUAAUACAGUUUUCAUGCGACAGUUCAGGUAGACAAUAUAGGCAAGACAGACUAGAGAUCUCACAGUUAAUCCAAAGGGUC